UCCUUGAUGAUCAUUUAUUUUUUUCGAGAGUUGACUUGAUAUUGACAACAACAACAACAAAAAAAUCGUUUGAAUCUUUGAAAAUCAGAUUCGUUUCCAAAAAUGCCUGUUUCAGUGGGAUUAUCAUGUAUAAUAUCGUCAUCAUUAUCAUUGGUCGUAAUGGCUGGCAUGCAAAUAUUUCGUUCAUAUCUAAUCGCAACUAAAUUGACCACAUUACUGGCCGGUUAUUUGGGCUCAUUAAUCUUUAUAUUCAUUUUGACUUCAAUUAAUAAUUUGGAAAUGUCAUUAUUUGGUGCAAAUUUUCAAUCCAAAUAUAUGGAAGUCAUAUUUAGUCUCAUUGUGGCCCUGUUCACAUCCGGUCUUGUUCAUCAGGUCGCUGUCACUAGUUGUUUGUUAUUCUCUCUUGCGUCAUUAUAUUUUCUGAAUAUUAUCAGCGCCAAAACAUAUCAAACAAACAUUCCGAUGGAAACAAAAACUUCAAUGAAAAAUACCAAUGUAAGGAAAAAGAAAUGAAACAUUUGAUUGCUCGUUUGGCCUGAUUGAAUUUUCAAUUCCCUCUCAUCACAAGUCUAAACUUUUGUAUUUGAUACUACGAACAAAACAAUGUUUUUGUUUCACUUUUCAUUGACUUGAAAAUUGAUUUUUUAUUUAUUAAA